AACCUUCCCCAACCACAACAACAUACAGAGAGUCUAAUAUCAUCUUCUCCGUCAAUCUAUAGUCACCUUUACUCUCUCUCUCUGUUUCUUUCUCUGUAAACCACCGGUUACUCCUCUAAAUUCAGAUUUAGCUGCACUUCACCGCUAAUUCUCACAUUUUACUUCACUUGUACUUGAAUUUGCAUUAUCUCUUAAUAAUCCUGAUUAAUCAACUCACAUUUGCUAUAAUUGUAGCCAAUAGGCCUCAGAUCUGAGCACCGCCGCACCAGAUCCUAGCCGAAAAAGCUGCUCUAUAAUCACUCUCAAUGGAGGAGGCACUGGAACUGGCGCGUGCAAAAGACACGAAAGAAAGGAUGGCCGGAGUAGAAAGGCUGCAUCAACUUCUAGAAGCUUCUAGGAAGAGUUUGAGUUCCACGGAAACGACAUCGCUUGUUGAUUGCUGCUUGGAUCUUUUGAAAGAUAACAAUUUCAAGGUCUCUCAAGGUGCUUUACAGGCUUUAGCUUCUGCUGCUGUGUUGUCCGGUGAGCAUUUGAAGUUGCAUUUCAAUGCUCUAGUUCCCGCCGUUGUUGAGCGGUUAGGUGAUGCUAAACAGCCUGUUCGGGACGCUGCCAGACGCCUCUUGCUCACUCUUAUGGAGGUUUCUUCACCAACAAUUAUUGUUGAGAGAGCAGGCUCUUAUGCCUGGAUGCACCGAAGCUGGAGAGUUCGAGAAGAAUUUGCUAGGACUGUGACAUCAGCAAUUGGUCUGUUUGCAUCUACUGAGCUUCCCCUCCAGCGGGCUAUUCUUCCUCCUAUUUUGCAAAUGCUGAAUGACCCAAAUCCUGGUGUUAGAGAAGCUGCUAUAUCGUGCAUUGAGGAGAUGUAUACGCAGGCUGGUCCUCAAUUCCGUGAUGAGCUUCAGCGUCAUCAUCUUCCUAUGUCCAUGAUGAAAGAUAUUAAUGCCAGGCUAGAGAAGAUUGAACCACAAAUACGCCCCUCAGAUGGAUCUACGGGUAAUUUUGCUAUUGUAGAGAUGAAGCCAGUGAGCCUUAACCCAAAGAAAAGUAGUCCAAAGGCCAAGAGUUCCACAAGGGAGAUGUCUCUUUUUGGAGGAGAAAGUGACGUCACUGAGAAACCCAUAGAGCCAAUUAAGGUUUACUCAGAAAAAGAGUUAAUUAGGGAAAUUGAGAAGAUUGCGUCUACCCUUGUUCCAGAAAAGGAUUGGUCUAUCCGGAUAGCUGCCAUGCAGAGAGUUGAAGGCCUUGUUUUAGGAGGUGCUGCUGAUUACCCAUGUUUUCGAGGGCUUUUGAAGCAACUUAUUAGCCCUCUAAGCACACAGUUAUCAGAUCGAAGAUCUAGCAUAGUGAAGCAGGCUUGCCAUCUAUUAUGCUUUUUAUCAAAGGAGCUCUUGGGAGAUUUCGAGGCAUGUGCUGAGAUGUUUAUUCCUGUCCUUUUCAAGCUGGUUGUGAUCACUGUACUUGUAAUUGCAGAAUCUGCGGAUAACUGCAUAAAAACGACGAUACGUAACUGCAAAGUUUCCCGUGUGCUUCCUCGCAUAGCUGAUUGUGCAAAGAAUGACCGUAGUGCAAUCCUUCGUGCAAGAUGUUGUGAAUAUGCACUAUUGAUACUAGAACAUUGGCCUGAUGCACCAGAAAUACAGCGUUCUGCUGAUCUUUAUGAAGAUCUGAUAAGAUGUUGUGUUGCAGAUGCAAUGAGUGAGGUACGGUCAACUGCGAGAAUGUGCUAUAGGAUGUUUGCAAAAACUUGGCCAGAGCGUUCCCGUCGCUUAUUUUCAUCUUUUGAUCCUGUUAUUCAACGGAUUAUUAAUGAGGAGGAUGGGGGAUUGCAUAGGCGACAUGCAUCUCCUUCUAUCCGAGAUAGGAGUGCACAAUUGUCAUUUACCUCUCAAGCAUCUGCUACUCCAAAUUUACCUGGGUAUGGAACUUCCGCAAUUGUAGCAAUGGAUAGAACUUCAAGCUUAUCGUCUGGGAUAUCUCUCUCUUCUGGUCUGCUGUCCCAAGCAAAAACCCUUGGUAAAGGUACUGAACGUAGUCUGGAGAGUGUACUGCAUGCAAGUAAACAGAAGGUCACCGCAAUUGAAAGCAUGCUUAGAGGUUUGGAAAUAUCUGACAAACAGAAUCCUUCAACUCUUCGGUCAUCUAGUUUGGAUCUAGGAGUUGACCCUCCAUCAUCUCGUGAUCCACCGUUCCCUGCUACUGUUCCAGCUUCUAACCAUCUGACAAGCUCUUUAACUUUAGAUUCAACUAUUACUAGCAUCAAUAAAGGCGGUAACCGUAAUGGUGGCUUGGUUUUGUCUGAUAUUAUCACCCAAAUUCAAGCUUCCAAAGAUUCUGCUAAAUUAUUGUAUCAAAGUGGGGCAGCUGAUUCUCUGCCAGCAUUUUCAUCAAUCUCAGCUAAGAGAGCUUCUGAAAGACUCCAAGAAAGAGGUUCAAUUGAAGACCACAAUGACAUUAGGGAGGCCAGGCGAUACGCAAAUCAACAGAUUGAUAGGCAGUAUAUGGAUAUGUCCCAUAAAGAUGUAAACUACAGAGAUUCUCAGAAUGCUCACAUUCCCAACUUCCAGAGGCCACUUCUGAGAAAGCAUGUAGCUGGACGGAUGUCUGCUGGGAGGAGGAGGAGUUUUGAUGAUAGCCAACUUUCACUUGGGGAGAUGUCAAAUUACGUUGAAGGUCCUGCAUCUCUUACUGAUGCACUAAGUGAGGGACUCAGUCCAAGUUCUGACUGGAAUGCUAGGGUUGCUGCUUUUAAUUACCUCCGGUCUUUGCUGCAGCAAGGCCCCAAAGGUAUUCAAGAAGUGAUCCAAAAUUUUGAGAAGGUGAUGAAGUUGUUUUUUCAGCACUUGGAUGAUCCCCAUCAUAAAGUUGCGCAAGCAGCUCUUUCAACUCUUGCGGAUAUUAUUCCCUCUUGCCGAAAGCCCUUUGAAAGUUACAUGGAGAGGAUCUUACCCCAUGUUUUUUCUCGAUUAAUUGACCCCAAGGAACUAGUUAGGCAACCUUGCUCAACAACUCUGGAUAUUGUCAGCAAAACUUACAGUGUCGAUACUCUCUUACCUGCAUUGCUCCGAUCUUUAGAUGAACAACGAUCGCCAAAGGCUAAAUUGGCUGUUAUUGAAUUUGCUAUCAGUUCUUUUAACAAACAUGCUAUGAACUCUGAAGGUUAUGGCAAUACAGGUAUUCUAAAACUGUGGCUGGCUAAGUUGACUCCAUUAGCCUAUGAUAAAAAUACUAAGCUCAAGGAGGCUGCUAUUACAUGCAUUAUAUCAGUUUACUCCUACUACGAUCCAACAGCUGUUCUUAAUUUCAUUCUAAGCUUGUCUGUUGAAGAACAGAAUUCCUUGAGGCGAGCCCUUAAACAGAAAACUCCUCGUAUCGAAGUGGACCUGAUGAACUUUUUGCAGAGCAAGAAAGAGCGACAACGCUCCAAAUCCUCCUAUGACCCAUCUGAUGUUGUUGGAACAUCUUCAGAGGAAGGAUAUAUUAGUGUGUCAAAGAAGAGUAAUUUCUUUGGAAGGUAUUCCGCUGGUUCCAUCGACAGCGAUGGAGGAAGGAAGUGGAGUUCUACCCAGGAAUCGACCCUGAUCACUGGAAGCAUCGGUCAAGCAGCUUCUGAUGAAACUCAGAACUUUUAUCAGAGUAUUGAGAAUACUUCUAAUGUUGAUAUUGAUGUUCAUAACUCAAAACCUAGGGAUUCAACCUACAUGGUAAAUUCCAUCACACAGAACGUAGGAUCCCGGGCUGGCCAUCUUGAAAAUGCUGACAACAGCUUAAAUUUGGAUGGUUUCUCUACUCAACAUCUGGACAUUAAUGGGCUGAUUAAUUCUGAAGCCCUGGCAGAUGAUGAAGGCUAUGGACAUGAAAAUGAUGCUUCGGUUGACUUGAACCUUGAUCAUCAUAAGCCUGCAGCUGUAAAGAUUAACUCGUUGCCUGAUUCAGGUCCUAGCAUUCCCCAAAUUCUUCACCUGAUUUGUAAUGGUAAUGAUGAAAGUUCAAUUGCAAGUAAGCGUGGUGCACUUCAGCAGUUAAUUGAAGCAUCUAUGGCUAAUGAUCACUCUGUUUGGUCCAAAUACUUCAAUCAAAUUUUGACAGCUGUACUUGAGGUGUUGGAUGAUACAGAGUCGUCAACCCGUGAACUCGCUCUCUUAUUGGUUGUUGAAAUGCUCAAAAACCAGAAAGAUGCCAUGGAAGAUUCCAUUGAGAUUGUGAUUGAGAAGCUGCUUCAUGUUACAAAGGAUGUUGUUCCAAAAGUUUCUAAUGAAGCUGAGCACUGCUUGAGCAUUGUGUUGUCUCAGUAUGAUCCGUUCAGAUGUUUAAGUGUCGUGGUUCCUUUAUUGGUUACUGAAGAUGAGAAAACUCUUGUUACGUGCAUAAAUUGUUUGACAAAGCUCGUGGGCCGGCUCUCACAAGAGGAACUAAUGACCCAGUUACCAUCUUUUUUGCCUGCUCUAUUUGAAGCUUUUGGAAACCAGAGUGCUGAUGUUCGCAAGACAGUUGUUUUCUGCCUGGUGGAUAUUUAUAUUAUGCUUGGGAAAGCAUUUUUGCCAUACUUAGAGGGGCUUAACAGCACACAGUUGCGGUUGGUGACUAUUUAUGCUAAUCGGAUAUCCCAAGCCAGAACAGGUACCGCAAUAGAUGCGAGCCAUGAUUAGUUUGGUGUGCUGGUGACUGGUGAGAUGUAAUUGCGGGGCUUAUUCAUUGUUGUCUAUUUUGUAUAUUUGUGUGAAUGCAUCGUUGAGAGUGGUUCUUUGUUCGGAGUCAUUUCUUUUUAGAUAUUUAUUUUCUUCUACUUAUUAUUUUGUUUAUUUUAUAACCCUAGUGUUUGCCAUUGUUUGAUUUUGGGGAGAGGUGUGCUUCUUAGUGGGGAAACCGAUAUUAUUUUGUACUAUUUUGCAAAUAUUGUAAUCAAUAUUCUCAAAACAACAGUCUUAGUAACAUGGAAGAAAGUAAUGUUUCUUUUCUUACCCCUUGGAUAAACAUUUGUACUUUCCUAUGUUAUAUCUUAGUGGAAUGUGUACUGUUACGCUA